AAAAAUUGUUGGAAUGUAUGACGUCUGAAGCAGAAGUGCUUCAAUUUUCCGCUACAGUGGAAUAACAAGUUUACAGAUGGAUCUUCUUCAGAAUUCCUAUUGACAGAGGACAAAUUGUUAAUCGUUUACAUGUCCAAAUGAAAGGGUCAAAUUUUCUCCUGUCUCCUUUGCCUCCUCUCCUCCUCUUCACAAGCCUGACUGCGUUCCUCGCCAGCGCAGACAUACUUCGUAAUGGAACUAGCCCACAACAAGUUGGCCUGCACAAUGCUUCAUUCAAUGCAAACUCCCCAGCACACCGUGACUUGAUCGCUAAAGAAGGGAGCAGCAUGGUAAUAGAAUGUAACCUUAACACCACUCAAAAUGAAGAUAUUGUGUGGUUUAACUCCAAAGGACAUCCACUGAGAGAGAUAGAAGGAGGUGAGAACACAGUAAUGAAAGCGUGGUUUGUAGUGCCUUAGUAAUAUCUUGGCUCUUCUGUAGAAAUUAGAAUGAAGUUAAAUAUUAAGUUCACAUAUACAGGCAUUGUUUUAUUAGUCUGGCAUAGUAUUGCAUUGUACCUGGCUCCUUUUGACAUUAUUUACCUUCUAUAAUUUUUGAGCCAUACAAAGACCAUAAGUUAAAGAGACAGAAUUCCUCGCCAAAACCUUGAGAUAUAUGAAAAGGCAUAAGGGCAACUGAAUACUGUUGUACUAAUAGCACUUAGAAAAACAACAGUGGUUAAGGCAAUACUAAAGGUUGUGUUCAUGAAAUAAUUUAGUACACAGAUUUUUUUUAGGUUUUUGUUUUAAUUUAAUUUGUAACUUUAAAACAAAAGGUACCAGCAAUUGAGUCUAGAUGCUUAUCUGUGAGAAGCAUUUCUGCCCACUUUGUGAUCGGGCACAAAGCAAUCAGAAAGAGCACCCUCCAAGCUAUAUUAUUGACAGCUGUUUGGUUGCAACCUUCCCACUUUAUAAACGUGACAAUUUAUCUGCACUUAACAAUAUGUAAAUUAAGGGAUACUGUGUUAAUCCCUAAAGCACUUCAGCAAACUUGGAGUGUUCAUUUAAAGGUACACUGCAGCUUAGUAUUAUGGUUAUGAUGCAGUGAGUCUGCAUUUUUAAUACAGCCCUAUAAGUGGGACUUGACUAAAACAGGGCACUUCCAAUUAUCAGAAUUAAUUCAGUCCAUGGAUGGAGGUAAAUGGUUAAGUGCACUGUGAGCAGGUAAGCUCAUUACACAGCCGCCCAAACAUAAAUACAAACAAUACAAGGCCACGGAGCCUUUUCUCUAGUAUACAUGUGUAUGUAUGAAAACCUUUAUAUGUCUUUUUAGGCUAAAACAAGCUAAAAUUAAGUGGUAUUUACUUGCAUAUGACUUAUACAUUUAUCAGCCACAACAUUAAAACUACCUGCCUAAUGUCAUAAGGUCUCCCUCAUGCUGCCAAAACUGCUCUCGACCCCACAAGACCUCUAAAUGUGUCCUGUGAUUUCAGGCACCAAGACAUUAGUAGCAGGUACUGCAAGUUGUUAGGUGGGACCUUUAUGAAAUGGAUGUUGUUCCAGCACAUCCCACAGAUACAAGGAAUGUGUAGGCCUGCAACAAUGUGUGGUCUGCAACAAUCUCUAGGAGGUGGUACGUGUCAGAUUACCAGAGUAGCAUCCAUAUGAAUGUCAAGGUUUCCCAGCAGACUGUUGUCCAGAGCACUGCCUCCUCCGGCCUCCUUUCUUCCAAUAGUGCAUCCUGCUGCCCUUUCCUCCCCAGGUGAACAUCAGAUCAGGCAAUCUUCUUCAGAUUUCUCCAUGGUCCAGUUCUGAUGUUCAUGCUCCAUUGAAGGCUCUUUUGGUGUGGACAGGGGUCAUGUGUACUCUGAGCAGUCUGCAGUGCGCAGCCCCAUGCACGGCAAACUGUGGUACAAUGUGUGUUCUGACACCUUUCUAUCAUGGCUAGCAUUACGUUUUUCAUCAAUUUGAGCUACAGUAGCUCUUUUGAGUGAUCGAAUCAGGUGGGCUAUCCUUUUCUCCCACGGUUCACCAGUUGUCCUUACGUGCACCAUUUUUGUACAGGUAGGUACUAACAAGUGCAUACCAGGAACACCCCAAAAAACUUACCAUUUUGGAGAUGCUCUGGCUCAGUCAUCACUAUUUUACCUUGUUAAAUCAUUCAGGUCUUUUCGCUUUCUAAUUUUUCCUGCUUCCAGCACAUGAAAUUCAAGAACUGACUAUUAACUUGCUGCCUAAACUAACCCACCCCUAGAAAGGUGCCAUUUAACGAUAAAUCAAUAUAAUAUGACUUUACUUGUCUUGUUUUCAUGUUGUGGUUUAUCAGUGUAUUCUGCAUGAAGGAUACUGCUAUCAUGGGGUCUAUCAACUGAUGUUGGAUGUAUUUAUUUUGGAGGGGACUGUGGGUUAAACAAAGGUUUUUGUUCUUUGGCUCCUGAAAUAUAUAUAUUUUUUUAAUGUUGACCGCUAAGUAUUUUUAGCUUGGCUUCUAAAUUCUACAGACAUAUAUCAACAUUUGCAUUAAACCCCCAUUGUUUUCAUUUUAUUUUAAUAAUUUAUGUAUAUUAUCCUUUUAAUCUUUAGGAGGAAAAUGGCUGAUUUUAUCCAGUGGAGCUCUAAAUAUAACAAGUGUUACCUUUGCUGAUCGUGGUCAGUAUACCUGUAUGUGCCCUGCUGAAAAUGGCACCUCAUUCUAUACAGUUACUCUCAGGGUCACCUUCACUUCAGGGGACAUGGGUAUCUACUAUGUGAUUGUCUGUUUGGUCACUUUUACCAUCACCCUGAUUUUGAACAUUACCCGACUAUGUAUGAUGAGCAGCCAUCUGCGUAAAACUGAAAAGGCUAUUAAUGAUUUUUUCCGAACAGAAGGAGCAGAAAAACUUCAGAAAGCCUUUGAGAUAGCCAAACGCAUCCCUAUUAUAACAUCUGCUAAGACUUUGGAGCUGGCUAAAGUAACCCAAUUUAAAACAAUGGAAUUUGCUCGUUAUAUAGAAGAAUUGGCCCGCAGUAUCCCUCUUCCUCCACUUAUUUUCAAUUGCAAGGCCUUCAUGGAAGAGAUGUUUGAAGCUGUGAGGUUAGAUGAUCCUGACCAGGUUGAGAAGGAGAAUGGAGGUGGUAUUUACACAAUCAAUCCCCAGUUGCCACGCAGCGGAUCACCUUCUGGUGACUCUGAUGACAGUUCUGUCAAUGGGCAAGAGAUAGCUGUAAAUGUUUCUGUCCACCCUCAAAUAGAAACUCAUAGUAUCCACACCAACAACUCCCAAGACAGCUAUCCCAUAACCGUUCCCGAGGAAAUCAUUGCUAUGCUAGAUCCAAACCCUGCAUUAGAAGAUAAUGCACAAGUCUCCUCUGAGUCUUAAAUUUUACCUCAAGUCUGUUACAUUGUAACUUUUUCUGAAUCAGUGGGUGAAAAACCUGUGAUGUAUUGAUCAUUCAUCAGGCAGAGAUACAAAGUUUGCAAUAUGCGUUAUGUUUUGCCACAAAUACAAACUUUAUGCCAGUUUAAUUUCCACAGGUUAUAUUUUAUUAAAAUGAGAUUUACUGAAAGUUUGUAGUGAGAGGUAUCUUCUAAGUGUGGGGUAAACUGGAUCCGUAUCAAUAAGGCAGAAUUCUAUGAAGUGUUCUGCAGUGGUCCUGUCAUUUGUAACUCUGCAAUGCAAAACAUUUUAGGUUUGUAGAAACUGCAAUAUUUACAUUGCAUAGUUACAUACCUCUAGUGACUGUUUUCCAGACAGUCGUUAGAGGCACUUCCUCUGCACUGACAGAUUGAAAUUCAGUCCCUUGACAUUGCAGCUCGUAGGAAAGCAUUGAAUGCAAUACUUUCCUAUGAGAUGCAUGGGUGGCACUUGCAGCACAUGGGCAUCAGGUCCCUAAUGCUCCUUUAUGAGGAGUAUUAGAUUAGACCGGUGAAUAAGCAAUGCUGCUUGAUGAUCAGAGAGAGCCUCUGCACUGGAAAAAGGUACAUUAAAAAAACCCAAAAACUUUUGUGUUAAUAUUUUAAUGGCACCUUUAAUUCACCUGAGUACAGAUGAAAAUAAUGAUUUUUGCACUUUUUAUUCUUGCAUUACUUAUCUUUGUUUGCAAUCAAGCAGACCCAUAUACAUGUAAGUGUUUCAGUUGUAGCUAAAUAUGCUGGACAUGCCUUUUUUUGUUUUUUUUAAGCUUAAAGGGACACUAGAGUCACCAGAACCACAUCAGCUGAAUGUAGUUCCCCUGGUGUAUUUACUGAGGUGGACAGACCAGCACUUAAAAUGCAACAAUAGGACGCUUUGUAAACCUGUCCUUUUAAGCUACAUUAAAGAAAUGUGCAUAGUGCAUGUAUUUUCAAGUAGGUAGGUGUGUCAGAUAUUUGUAGACUUUUCAAACCUGACCAACUUGUUGAGGUCACAACCUUGUUUGUUUUAGGAGCCGUGACGGUGACACAUCCAUAGGGUUCUUUAAAGAAAAAUCUAGAAUUAGAAACCAUCAGUAAAACUGGAUGGAUGCAAUGUGUCCUGUGGUCUGUUAAGCCGUGUAUGAAACUGUAUUUUAUUUCCUCCAUUACUGGGCUACACACUCAGAGCUGUUAUGGUUAACCUGUACACUGCAAAUGUUGUGAACUAUAUUUUCCAUGAUGCUCAGCCAGCUGCUUAUGAUUUUUCUGCCUUAGAAGAAUCAGCUGGCUUUUCAUGUCAAAGUAAAUGUCAUAACAGGUUUCUUUGAGUGAUUGCUAAGGUUGACUUUAGUAUUUUCACGAAACCUCACAGUAAAUCAUUUCUAUAGUUUCAUGCUGUUACACUCAUGCUGUCCCAGAAACGUGUAAACAAAUUAGCAUAUUUAUUCUGUGAAAUGAAACGUUUCUCCCUGGUCUGCUGAUUAUUUUUGAGACAAAUAGAUGCAUAUUUUUCCUUAGUAUUAUAGUUUAUUUUUCUUACACUUUCCAAAGAAUGGCAAUACAAAUAUUUACAUAAUCUUUGCAGUCUUCAUGGAUUUCUACAAUCAAAGAAAAAUAUAGAAUUGUGUGUAAGAUUAAAACAAAUAAAAAAAUUUAUUCUUUUCAAGGAAGUGGCAAAUGGUUACAUUAGUAGGAAGGAGGUAUAGUGAAUCCAACAUAUCUGCAUGUUUUGGUAAAAGGAUAUUUAGAUUUGCAUUCUAUGUUCUUCCCACUUCUGAUUAUUAGUGAUUUUAUAUUUCUAAAGACUUUCUAAGCAUCAAGGGAUAUGUAGUUUUAGAAACAGUACCACAUAUAGAUGUACUGUAGUCUGUGGAAUGAAACAAAAUCAAGAAUAAAACAUAUGCCCUUAAAUAGCAAGUGGGCAGGUUUGAUAUCACCGUUUUAUACAUUUUCUAAAGUGUGAUUUCAUGUUACGUGAUUUGUUCGUUUUUAUAGCGUAAAUUGUUCAAUUCACUUUGUCUCCCAGUUGUGACACAAUAUUGUGUUAGUAUAUAACAUUUUUAGACUUAAAGGAACACUAUAGUCACCUAAAUUACUUUAGCUAAAUAAAGCAGUUUUAGUGUAUAGAUCAUUCCCCUGCAAUUUCACUGCUCAAUUCACUGUCAUUUAGGAGUUAAAUCACUUUGUUUCUGUUUAUGCAGCCCUAGCCACACCUCCCCUGGCUAUGAUUGACAGAGCCUGCAUGAAAAAAAAAAACUGGUUUCAUUUUCAAACAGAUGUAAUUUACCUUAAAUAAUUGUAUCUCAAUCUCUAAAUUGAACUUUAAUCACAUACAGGAGGCUCUUGCAGGGUCUAGCAAGCUAUUAACAUAGCAGGGGAUAAGAAAAUCUUAAUUAAACAGAACUUGCAAUAAAGAAAGCCUAAAUAGGGCUCUCUUUACAGGAAGUGUUUAUGGAAGGUUGUGCAAGUCACAUGCAGGGAGGUGUGACUAGGGUUCAUAAACAAAGGGAUUUAACUCGUAAAUGGCAGUGGAUUGAGCAGUGAGUUUGCAGGGGCAUGUUCUAUACACCAAAACUGCUUUGUUAAGCUGAAGUUGUCCAGGUGACUAUAGUGUCCCUUCAAGGCCUGCCUUUUUGUAAGGUCAAAGGUGUUUGUUUUCAAACUCUUAGGAUCCAUAUAACUCAUCAACAAUCAUUUCUAUGUUUAGCAGUGUUUGUGAUUAGUUAUUUUUGCUUGUUUUGGAUUGUAAUUGUGAUGUAACAUUGUUAUGUUUAAACUGUAUAUGAAAUAAUUAAGGAUUUUAAUGUAAUCUAUUUAACCCUAUGAUCUAGAUGUGUAGAAGUGAAAGUUGAUGAAAAAUGCAACAUUUCCGUUGGUUACGUUUUUUUUAAAUCCUAUUUCAAAUAGGCGUAUUAUUUUUAAUAAUCGAUUGUUGGUGGUAAACGUUAGAAAUGACAUGCGUAGAGUAUACACAUUAUGACAAACAGUCCGCAACAACUUCAGUUGCAAUGGUUCUCUCACAGGCAUAAAAUGCCCAUACCUCUUUAAAAAUAGCUACAGCUUUUUCGCUACAGUAUUGUAACAAAGGAAAUAGACCACAAUUGACUACAGUAUAGUUUUCCAGGUAUGUGGACUAAUGGAGUAUUAUAGUUUGUCAUUCAUUUCAAGAGAUAUCUAGCAUUUUAAUCUUUGACUUACAAAGAUCUGCUCAAGUGUAUCUGUACAACCAAGCCAAAGCAACAGAUUCUAAUUAACCUCAAUGUCAGAGAGUUCUUUUCUCUUUUGGCCAAGUUUUACUAUAUUUAUUACCUGAGCAUUUUAUACUAAGUAUAUUUUGAAUCCUAUAACCUGCAUAUGUGUUCAAUGUUGCGAUCCUUUUGAAGAUUAAAAAAAUAAUAAUAAAUCAUAUUUAAGAAGCCAAAUGAAUGCACCCAGAACUAGUUAAAGGGACUCUCCAGUGCCAGGAAAACAAAUCCUGCAGUCCUGUCCCUUUAAGUGCAGGUGUAACAAAAAACAAGGAUCUGCCAACUCCACCAUGUACACAGUUAUUGCAAGUGUAACUUUAUUACCACAACCGAAGGAUAGCAGUAUAUCUGUAUUGCAAGUGCUUCUUUUGAUUGGAAUGUUCAAUUAAAUACUACACUCCAUAUACUUGUUUUAUAGAUAUCAUGGCCCUGAAUAUUCCACUCUUUAGUGGAAUACACUAUUUUACUUCCUUAGCAUUAUUAGUUACACAACUCUUUACUUACAUUUAACACGAGAGGUUUAAAAUGAUUGUGCUGAAUUACAAAUAAUUGCAACGCAUCCACAUUUCUGUAGUUAUUUAGAUGAUAAUAUAGUGACCACUCACCUGUCAUUUGGGAGUUUCGCAUUAUUUAUUAUUUUUAUUUUGCUUUUAAAGUGGUCAGUCAUAUGAAUAUAUAGUAACCUUACAUCCGUUAAAAUGAAUGACAUUUUUGUUUUGAGGCUUUUUAGUAACUUUUUACAAUCAGUAACUUGAAUACGCUCUGAUGUGCUUGAAAAUAGUUUGGAGCGGUUGCUGUUCAGAAGGGUGUUACUGGUUUCAAAACAUCAGCUAUCAAUUUGGUGUUCUUUUUCUUUAAAACGACCACCAGUGGUGUAGUUAAAAUCGCCAGUUUUGGUCCAAGAGUGAGAAAAGUUUAUUGCACCCAACAUUUCUUUUUCUUUUUUUAUUAAAUUUUUUUUCCCGACAAUAUCAGUAUGGCUCAUGGAACAAUAGACCAUUGUCUGGCGUCCUAUGACUGCUAUAGUGUUGUACAUCCUCUGAAUACUGUAAUGGUGAUUCAAAGUUAUGGAUUAACUCUGACAUAGUUACAAUAACAUGAUCUAGCUGUAGUUUAGUUUAGAUCUCUGUUGUGAGCCCUGUGCUUUUUUCCCCUUCUUACUGAACAUCUGUUAUGUGAUUGAGGGCAGAGAGGUACUUGUGAUCCUACAGUUAAAUGUCAACCUCCAAGAUUCUAAUUUGACCAAAAAAAAACUAAAGACCAGCAGAUUUCAUACAAGUGUUCUUCCACAUUUGUAAUAUUUACCUUUCUAGUUGUGUAAAAGUUUAGCCAACACCGUUUCAGUACUAUGUGAGAUAUUUUACUUACAAUAACUAUUACAGCAGAAAUGUCAUGUGAAGGAAUUUUGCACAAGCCAAUAGAUCACGUGGAACAAACAGGGAACAGCACAUUGUCACUUCCUGAGAAGUGAUAGUUUGGUUUAGAACAAUUUUAAAAUAUGUAGAGAAUAUAUGUUUCACAUAAUUUCAUGCAUUGUAUGUUUGCUCUGCCAUCAUCAGAUUGUUUUUGGGAGAAAUAAAUAUUUGCAGGAAGACACCAAUCUUUUGUGUUUUAAAUUUGCCUUACAAUACAUUUUUAAUAAAUUGUGGGUUAAUGUGCCCAGUCCUGUAUUUUUGAUAUUGCUAAAUGUAGCAGAUCUUGAACUUUUCAUGAAAUGAUUUAUUAAAAUGAGACUAUUCUA